CGUCAAUCUCGAUGUGUUGACAGUUAACGCCGUACACGCCGUACACGCCACAAAUCCAUUGAAGACACCUACAGUAAUUAGGUGACUUCUAUUUUUCCAGACCUAGCAAGAGAACUAGGUAACCUGGUAAGACGAGGCUGAAAGGUUAGGCUCGGCUCAGCUAUCAACUUUUGACUGCUCAUCUACGAUACCUCGCUAAGGGUAUGGUAGAGAUCUCGAUAAGGAUGGAUAUGGAAUAACGUCUACUCAUCAUGUCAUCUAAACAGGGGAAGAGUUCAGCUGUGCCAAAAUUCGGUUCUUUCAAGCCAAAGCCCGAGACAACCCAAGUCCAACCAACUCAUGAAGAUGAUAAGUCAAGGCAACGUGAUGAACGCACUAUUUCUCGGAAGGAAAAUAGCCGCCAUUCCUUAGCAGAUAAAUCCCAUCAAUCUGACUAUACUCUCACUCAUGAAAUCUCAUAUCGUCCUCCCCCCUCGGAACAAGUUAAGGAUACCUUGUUCAUUUAUGACAAACGAGGUGACUCCUCGAUUAGGAGAUAUGGAGGUAUCAAUCGCCGUGAUGUUCCCAACUAUCAUCGUUUUGGAUCCGGCCGUAUUCUUGGGGUUGAUGGCUAUAUGAGAGUUGAUCGUACUAAAAGUCAUGAUGAGUUCUUCAUACUGGGUCAUCACGAAACCCGUUCUCUUCUCAGUAGUGACAGGAAGACCCUUUUAGCCAAAGGCCAUCAUAAAAUCCAACCUGUUAGGGUUCGACGGGAACGGUCACAAACAGUGACAGGGUCGGAGGAUUUUGUCCCCUUUAAGUCUGCAAGGAAACGAAAGCGAGCCGGUUCUGAGUCAGGGGGUUCGUCAAGCGAAGAAGAGCAAUCGUAUAGAUCAAUCUAUGGGAAGAGCAAGGAUCAUGAGAAUUCUGAUAGCGAUGUGAAUUAUGGUAGUGACACAUCCGCAGACCCAAGGGACAUCGGAUUGGAUGAUCCUAUAAAUUUCAAGUCAGUUGAAUUAUCUAGGAAAGUACGAGACCAUCCAGAAGACAUCGAUGCUUGGUUCGAGCUAGUCGAUCAUCAAGAUACUCUUCUGCGAGCAAGCGGUCAAGGCGAGCGUCAUCCCACAGCGGCAGAAGUCAAAAGCUUCGCUGAUAUCAAACUGUCAAUGCUUGAGCAGGCAUACUCUCAUGCAACUACUGAGUUUCAACGAGAGAAGUUGCAGUUAAGAAUCAUGCGAGAAGGUUCUAAAAUAUGGGAAGCUAAGACUUUAACGAAACGAUGGGAUGAAGCUCUCGAAAAGCACGGAACCAGUUUUGAACUGUGGAAAGACUACAUGAACUUCCAGCAAACGAGGCUAUCGGCAUUCCAGUACGAGAAGAUCAAGAAACUUUAUGUUGAACGACUCCGGCAAUUAGAAUUGAAAGCUUCGACUAAGGAACCCCAUCCGGAUCGCGUCCGGAUUUACGAACAGUUGAUAUACAUAUUCCUCAGAGCUACCCGCUUCAUUUCAGAUGCCGGGUAUAGAGAACUUGCUACAGCAGCAUGGCAGGCCACACUAGAAUUGACAUUUGCUCGUCCCUCAGCUCUAAAGGAACAAUCGACGACUGAAGUGCCCCCCAACUUCCAGGACUUCUGGGAGAGUGAAGUGCCGCGGAUAGGAGAGGAGUCGGCUGAAGGAUGGGCAGCUUUUGAGCAAAAUCAUGGAACACAAGAACCUCCCGAGCCCAAAUAUUUAGACAAGUCGACAUCUCCAAGUACUCGAGAUGGGUAUAAAGCGUGGUCAAUCAUUGAACAACACAAAGCUCAAGCUGCCACAAAUCCAGCUCGCACUUUGGACGAUGGAGCAGAGGACGAUCCGUUCCGAGUCGUUAUGUUUGCGGAUAUUCAAGAAAUAAUUUUGUUCCUUCCAACAGAAAUCAUCCCUAGUAUCCAGAAUCAAUUAUUAGAUGCAUUCUUAAUAUUUUGCCGAUUACCUCCCGCACACUGUUCCAGCGGUAUCGUCCGAAAUAUGACUUUGGACGAUUUCCUCGUUCGCAGUUCAGCGAACCUCAUCACUACAGAGGCUUCACCGGAUAUGGCCACGAAUUCCGAGGAGCAGGAUAAAAAGCCGCCGGAGUUCUUGCACGAUUAUCAACGAAUGGUUACCACAUCGGAAAUACUCUUUCCAGCGCCGAAUUGGUUUAAGAUCAUGAAGAAGAUUCGAGAUGAUUUCCCCACUGACCAAUACCAGUGGGUUUCCAUUACACUGAAACAGCUCGUGCGAACCUUCGGGGUCCGUGGACUUGCUCCAUAUUAUUUCGCUUUUGAGUCGAUCAAUGGCCCAGGGAAUGAGAAGAAAACGGCCAAGGCGUUGCUGAAGCAAGAUUCAACGAACAUCCUUCUAUAUCGAGGUUACUCAAUACUUGAAUGGACAAAGGGUAACAAGGAUGUCGCUCGUAAUACCGUAGCUGCUGCGAUGGGUUUAACGACAAUUUCGCCUCAUGAUAGGCUUUCCUUGGGUAUUGCUGCGGCGUGGAUGGAAAUAGAGGACCGCAAUUUGGCCAAGGGGACACUUCAACUAUGUUCCUUGUCAGAUGAUAAUUAUUCUACGACAUCGAUACUGCAAAAUUCAUCUACAUCCACGGCCCAAAUACUAAAGGCUAAACAGUUUCUAUCAUCGAACCGAGAUUAUUCAUUAUCCUCGGGCAAUGUCGAGGAUGCCAUCGUCUACGCCGAAGGCCUAGCUUUACUCGAAUACCUGACACAACAAAGCAAUAAAGAGCCUUCUAACGGAAUCCAAGGAGACAUAUGGUCCGCGAUUUCGAGCAUUUCGACCUGCUCGGAUGAACUAGUUGCACGUGGCCUGGGGAACAGUUCUUCUCAUGAGCGACUGCUCCAGUUUGCUGCUCGUCUACUUUACUAUUAUGCCAGUCAGGGGUCUUUCAGACCCGGGUUUCUACGUGAGCAGCUUACGAAGUACAUCAACUUCUUCCCUCAGAACACAAUAUUCCUCAGCUUAUUCGCGUGGAGAGAGGCACGUCUGAGCAUCGACGACAAUGUACGCUCUAUCCUCGAUAAAGUCGUCUUAGUCGAGCCACACGAUUGUGUCAGUAGCCGGGUGUUUGCCAUCCGCUAUGAGUCGCGCGCCGGCAACGUACACUCCACGCGAGCGGCAUUCGAGCACGCCCUCGAGAGCGACGCGUGCAAGAACCAUCCCGGCCUGUGGAUAUCGUAUAUCCGGUUCUGCCAUGACAACAAGGCGCUUAGGUCCAAGGCUAAGAGCGUCUUCUACCGAGCGAUCCAGCGCUGUCCGUGGUCGAAGGAAGUUUUCAUGGAGGCGUUCGUCACGCUGGGUAGAGACAUGGAUUCGUCGGAACUUAGGUCGGUCUACAAUACGCUCUGCGAGAAGGGGUUGAGAGUACAUGUCGAGAUGGAAGAGUUCGUGGAGAAGUGGCGGAGGGAGCAGAAGGAGAAGGAUAGGGUGAGGAGAUAGGUGUCCUCGGCUUAGAACCAUACGUGAGAUUGGCUUCUCUAGAUGAAACAUUGACAUUGGAUAACAAAUGACCACACCGCAUAAUAUAAACAAUAAGGACUUCUC